CCCAUGUCUCACUCCUGAUGUGGCCUCCCCUUGCUGCCUGCUCAUCCCAGCUGAUUCCCUGGUCCUGUAUUGGGGGCCAGGACACAGACUCUUCCUGGGGGUCCUGUUGUGGUGGGAGCUCCUGGGUUCCACUUGUUUGGGCCGUUUUAGGUUCUUCCUCACUUCAGAUGAGGAAAACCAGAGCCAUUCCUCCUUUUCUUUUCCUUUCUUUUCUUCCUUUUCUUUUCUCAGAUGCCUCCAAUGUAGGGAGGUGGGAAGGAGAGCUGGUCCAGGGGCGAGGGGAGACUCCCUUCUCACAGGGAGUUUUCAGUAAACGCUCUGGGAAUUCUGAGAAGACUGGAGACGGGAAUGGGUGCUGUGGAGUUCAAGCUGACCAACUGGAUGCUGAAUUCCCUGGCAACACACAUUUUCCCUGGAGCCAGCAACUCGGAUUUAGGAGCCAGCAGAUGGACGAGGUGCCCUGCUCCCUGGAAGUCCAGGCACCAGCUCAGCUCCACACCCGCCUAGGCCCUGUGAGCAGAAUAAGCUGACGCCCCCUGACCUGCUAGCCACCCAUUCAGGAGCCCUGCUGGGUGUUUCUCCAGCAACCCUUAGAGCUGGGCUUUGGGGCUGGGCCUUGAAUUCAAACCCUAAUUUUACAUGACUUAGUUUCUUGCCCUCUGUGAGCCUUCGCGUCCUCACCUGUGAACUGGGUAAUGAUACACACCCCAGAGGCCUCCCUCAAGGUUUAAUGACAGCGUGCAUGGAAAGCCCUGGGUUCAGGGACUGUCACUCUACUCAUGGUGGUUCUGGGUAGAAUGAGAACCCCAGAAAGGGCUUCCCUGGCAGCUGCAGGAACCAUUGUUUUCCUGCUGUUGACCUUCCAUUAUCCUCCAUAACGGUACCCCGAUUUUGCUUUGAGAAGUUGCCUUUUGUCCACUGAGUACAGCCUGGUGGGGCUGGAACUAGGACUCCAGUACUCCUGCCUUCACCCCGACAAGGGAUGCCUGUGUGAACCCCGGGAGAGCCAGCCCUUCAAGAUGGCUCCUGAGGGGCUACCCAGGUCUGAACUCCGGGCGUCGCUAAAAGCCAUUUGCUGAUUGCAGGUUACACACAUGCCCUGUGCGAGCCGAACAGUAGCUCAUUGUUGGUUAGCUGUCUGUUCCUGAUCACACGGCCAGAAUCAACUGCUGCUGAAAGUCCUCAUUCUGCCACCUGAACCUGACCAGUGCAAGGUGACCUGCAGUCAACUUUAACAUCCACAAAUCAGAACUGAACAAGCUUGCCUCCCUCAGAGGCAAUGGGAACUGGAAUUAGAACCUGAGCAGAAACGUUUUCUACGCAGGACAGCCCUUCUCUCUGUUCUGGCAGAUGUACCUUUGUUUUAUACUGAAGGCUGAGUCUCCCCGGUUGGCAAACUGCUGGUAGGAAUGAAGUCAUUUUUUAAAAGAUUCCUUCUCAGUGGAUUUGUUAACACCCUAUUUCCAGGCCAGUAGGAUGAUACCUCCUUGGAGUUCAAAACUGAACAGAGACAAAGAGACCUGGAGAGAUGGGUGUUUGUUCCACAGUUCCCUGAGCAGGCCCUUGCUAUUAGAGUAUUCCUGUACAUGCUGGUUCUUCACAUUUGGGGAAGGCUUUGGAGCCAGAAUGCCUGGGUUUGAAUUCCAGCUCACUGACUCUGUGACGUUAGGUGAGUCACUUACUCUCCCUGCCCCCACUUUCCUCAAAUACAAAAGGUGGGUAAUGGUAGUAGGUACCUA